AUGUCUUUCCGGCGACCUUUUCCAAAGGUUAAAAUUCCCAUCGAAGACGUUUCGGAGCCUACUGAUCCGCUGGGCAAACUCCUUGUGUCUGAAGAAGAAAUUCACGAUUUCCAAGGAAAAAAGAAAUGUUUCCAAACGUUGUUGGCACAUCCUAGAGCCAAAGAUGACGUGCUUCAACAGCCUAUCGGAAUUCUCUCGGACUACUUCACCGCGAUAUUUCAGUUGCAGAAUCGUCCAUACAAUGAGGAAGCGCGAAUUCAGUUGGAGCGUAGCCUGAAGCGAAUGGCACUUCUCGAGGACUUGCUGAUCAGAGUCAUUGUCAGUAACGAGUCCGUCGAGCAUAUUGUAGCGGAUCGUAAGCAACGUGACAUUGAAUAA